AUGGCGGAGACCAAGAUCAUCUAUCACAUGGAUGAGGAGGAGACGCCGUACCUGGUCAAGCUGCCCGUGGCGCCCGAGCGCGUCACUCUGGCCGACUUCAAGAAUGUGCUCAGCAACCGGCCCGUGCACGCUUACAAAUUCUUCUUCAAGUCCAUGGACCAGGACUUCGGGUCAGUGGGCCGUGGGGCCUGUGCGCCAGGACGGGUACUCUCUUGGCUGGUCCUGGCUGAGGGCGCGCACUCGGACGCAGGGUCUCAGAGCACUGAUGGCCAUACAGACCUGCCCCCGCCUCUUGAGAGGACGGGAGGCAUUGGGGAUUCCCGGCCCCCUUCUUUCCACCCCAAUGUAGCGAGCAGCCGUGAUUGCAUGGACAACGACACUGGCACGGAGUCCAUGGUCAGCCACCGGCGGGAGAGAGCCCGACGCCGGAACCGUGAAGAGGCUGCCCGGACCAACGGGCACCCGAGGGGGGACCGGCGGCGAGAGCUGGGGCUGCCCGCCGACAGCGCGUCCACCGUGCUGAGCAGUGAGCUUGAGUCCAGUAGUUUCAUCGACUCAGACGAGGAUGACAACACAAGCCGACUGAGCAGCUCCACGGAGCAGAGCACCUCCUCCCGGCUCAUCCGGAAGCACAAGCGCCGGCGGCGGAAGCAGCGCCUGCGGCAGACGGACCGUGCCUCUUCCUUUAGCAGCAUCACGGACUCUACUAUGUCCCUGAACAUCAUCACCGUCACGCUCAACAUGGAGAGGCACCACUUCCUGGGCAUCAGUAUCGUGGGGCAGAGCAACGACCGGGGAGACGGCGGCAUCUAUAUCGGCUCCAUCAUGAAGGGCGGGGCCGUGGCUGCCGACGGCCGCAUUGAGCCCGGGGACAUGCUGUUGCAGGUGAAUGACAUCAAUUUCGAGAGCAUGAGCAACGAUGACGCUGUGCGGGUGCUGCGGGAGAUCGUGUCCCAGACGGGGCCCAUCAGCCUCACGGUGGCCAAGUGCUGGGACCCAACCCCCCGGAGCUACUUCACCAUCCCGAGGGCUGACCCGGUUCGGCCCAUCGACCCUGCCGCCUGGCUGUCCCACACGGCGGCGCUGACCGGAGCCCUGCCCCGCUACGGUACGAGCCCCUGCUCCAGCGCCGUCACGCGCACCAGCUCCUCCUCACUAACCAGCUCUGUGCCCGGCGCUCCGCAGCUGGAGGAGGCGCCGCUGACGGUGAAGAGUGACAUGGGUGCCGUGGUGCGUGUCAUGAAGCUGCCGGACUCGGGCCUGGAGAUCCGAGACCGCAUGUGGCUCAAGAUCACCAUCGCCAAUGCCGUCAUCGGGGCGGACGUGGUGGACUGGCUGUACACACACGUGGAGGGCUUCAAGGAACGGCGCGAGGCCCGCAAGUACGCCAGCAGCAUGCUGAAGCGUGGCUUCCUGCGGCACACGGUGAACAAGAUCACCUUCUCGGAGCAGUGCUACUACGUCUUCGGGGACCUGUGCAGCAAUCUCGCAGCCCUGAACCUCAACAGUGGUUCCAGUGGGGCCUCGGAUCAGGACACGCUGGCCCCGCUGCCCCAUCCGGCCGCCCCCUGGCCCCUGGGUCAGGGCUACCCCUACCAGUACCCGGGCCCCCCGCCCUGCUUCCCACCUGCAUACCAGGACCCUGGCUUCAGCUACGGCAGCGGCAGUGCUGGGAGUCAGCAGAGUGAAGGAAGCAAAAGCAGUGGGUCCACCCGGAGCGCCGGCGGCAGCAGCCGGCGGGCACUGGGCCGCGAGAAGGAGCGCCGGGCGGCUGGAGCCGGAGGCAGUGGCAGCGAGUCGGACCAUGCAGCACCGAGUGGGGUCGCUGGCAGUGGCUGGAGGGAGCGUCCGGCUAGUCAGCUCAGCCGGGGCAGCAGCCCACACAGUCAGGCCUCGGCUGCCGCCCCGGGCCUCCCCCCACUGUACCCCCUGACAAAGGCAUACUCGGCGGUGGGGGGGCCGCCUGGGGGGCCGCCCGUCCGGGAGCUGGCUGCUGUUCCCCCAGAGCUGACGGGCAGCCGCCAGUCCUUCCAGAAGGCCAUGGGAAACCCCUGUGAAUUUUUUGUUGACAUCAUGUGA